AUGCAUGCAGGUGCGGUUGAAGAUAGGGAGAGAGCAGAUGGUGGAGAAGUUGCGACGCCGAUGCCGCCGCCUGGAGCACGCCGGCAAGACUUCAGCUCAAUCAUGAGGGCCGAAGUCAACCCCGAAGUGACGACUCCAUUCGGUGAUGAUGAGCGGCAGCAGCACACCACACCACCCCGCGCCAUGGUGCAAGGCGUCCAACUGCAGGUGUUUCGUGCGAUGGAGACGAAAACGUUCGAUUUCGAGAUGCAGGAUAAAUUGGCUGCUGCGCGUGCAAAGCUGGACUUAUUGCGAAGGAAGCGAGAGUUCCUUGCGGCACGAGGUAUACGUCAUCCUCUAAACAGACACGGAGCAAGCGAUGCCGAGGCGUUCCGCAAGCUAUUUUUCGAAUUUGUCGAAUUCGAGGCACAAGUCCGCAGGUCGAAUGAGCCGGCAGCAGAGCUAAAGGGAGAGAAGGAGAAGUAUGGACUGCAACCAGGGGAAACCAUGGAGCAGAGAUAUGACGAGUUGGCUUUAAGGUUCAAGAACCUCAAAGCCGAGCAUGAAAGGGAGGAUGGGAAAGGGGGGCUGGUGUUCAAGUACGAAGCUCUCGAGAAGAAACUCAACGAGCUGAAAGAGAUGUAUGACGGGGGAGACGGCAGAGGAGGGCUUGUUUCAGAGCUUGAGCGGCUGAAGCAAAACCAUGCGGACUCGACCGGCAGGUACAACGACCUGUCGGAAAAGUACCAUGGUAAAGACGGCAACGGGGGGUUUGUUUCAGAGCUUGAGCAGCUGAAGCAAAACCAUGGGAAUUCGGCCGACAGGUCCGAGCACCUGGAGGAGAGUGACCGUGGGAAGGGCGGCCAAGGAGGACUAGAGGCAGCGCAUGGCAAGCUCAGCGAUAAAGCGGAAGAUACGGCAGCGCAGCCUGAGACGACGCAAGCAGAUAACCAGGAGCUCACAAAGGAGGUUGUCAGUCUGUGGGCAGCUGCCGGGUCGUGGAAUCGUGUUGCGGAGGCUUUGGAGAAGACCGGUGUCAACACCGAUCAUCUCUACAGGUACCUCAACCACGGUGCCGCGGUUUCCAAGAUGUGCGCUGAUAUCAAGACAUGGUUGGCGAGCACUCAUGAUGCUGACGCCCUUAGGCUGUUCAGGGCUUCUCAGGAUAUUGAUGAGGCGGAAGGCAGUUUGGACGACUCUAAAAAUUUUCAUAGAGUCCGGCGGGAUGGAGGAACAACGGAGGAUUGA